AUCGCGUGGACGAGGAGCCCGUUCUUCCUCCUCUCUGCGCGCAGACGGUGACUGUGCCCGCGCGCUGGAGGCACAGAUGCGCCCGGAGAUGUGACAUUCCUGACAAACCUUUAUUCCGAGAGGAGACUGUGGACGCGAGAGCCUGUGAUGAUGAAGUCCGCAGCUCCAUCCGCCUCCUCUGCGCUGGACUCAGAUCAGCUCCGGAGCACAACUUGCGCAAAAACUUUAUAAUGACGUGAAGCUCUGGCACAGGGAGGCGCCGACCACUGCGCACAGGAACUAUGACCUGGAUCUCGUGGAUGUUGCUCGUCAACUUUUUCUUUUGCUGGGCUGCGGUUGACGCGCAGACGGGGUUCGAUGGUCCGCUCUCUGCACAGGAGCAGAUGUUCAUCCUUUAUGAAGUCAAACUGCAGUGCUACCAGAACCUGUCCAGCCUCGAGCCGGGCUCCACAGAUGAUGUGUGCGCCCCAGACUGGGAUGGUCUCAUUUGUUGGCCACAAGGAUCCCCUGGGCUGGUUGCCAAGGUUCCCUGUCCUUCCUACAUCUAUGACUUUAAUCACAAAGGACACGCGUACAGGAAGUGUGACGGCAACGGUUCCUGGGUGUUUGUCGACCGUUGGAACAAAACUUGGACCAACUACUCAGAGUGUCUGCGCUUCCUUCAGCCCAUCGAAGAGGAAGAGAGGCGAGACUUCUUUGAGCGGCUCUACGUCAUGUACACCAUCGGUUACGCUGUGUCCUUCAGCUCGCUGCUCGUGGCCAUCUUCAUCAUCGGAUACUUCAGGCGUCUCCGCUGCACCAGGAACUACAUCCACAUGCACCUGUUUGUGUCCUUCAUGCUCCGAGCCGUCAGCAUCUUCGUGAAGGACAAAGUCGUCCACUCCAGCGCCGGGCUGCAGGACUUUGACUCCGCCCUUCUGGACAAUCUGAAGACGGUCAGCAUAGCAUCUCUGGACAAGUCUCAAUACAUCGGCUGCAAGGUGACCGUGCUGCUCUUCAUCUAUUUCCUGGCCACCAACUACUACUGGAUCCUGGUGGAGGGCCUGUACCUCCACAGCCUCAUCUUCAUGGCCUUCAGAUCCGACUCCAAAUACCUGUGGGGCUUCACGCUCGUCGGAUGGGGUGUUCCAGCAGUGUUCGUGGCAGUGUGGGCGAUUGUCCGGGCGACACUAGCAGACGCGAGAUGUUGGGAGUUGAGUGCCGGCGACAUUAAGUGGAUCUACCAGGUUCCCAUCCUGACAGCUAUUGGGCUCAACUUUGUCUUGUUCGUGAACAUUGUGCGAGUCCUGGCCACGAAGAUCCGAGAGACCAACGCUGGACGAUACGACACCAGGAAACAGUACAGGAAACUGGCAAAGUCCACCCUCGUCCUCGUGCUGGUGUUUGGAAUCCACUACAUCAUCUUCGUGGGGAUGCCUCAUACGUUCGAGGGGCCGAGCUGGGAGGUCCGCAUGUACUGUGAGCUGUUCUUCAACUCCUUCCAGGGUUUCUUCGUGUCCAUUAUCUAUUGCUACUGCAAUGGUGAGGUCCAGACAGAGAUAAAGAAGACGUGGACACGCUGGAACCUGGCCUUUGAGUGGGAGGGGCCAGUGGUCUGCGGCCGCUACCGUUACGGCUCCGUGGUCGUGGGCAUGAACAACAACAGCACCAGCAGUCAGUCCCACCUGGCCGGGGGGGCCGGGCCGUCCACACGCUCCACCACACUUGUUUCAGGCCAUGUUUAUCGGCGCACGGGCCCCACCGUGGUCAGCUUGCACGCCACUCUCCCGGGUUACGUGAUCAGCAACUCGGACCCGUCCAUCCCCGAGGAGCCUGAGGACAGCGGCCCCAAGCAGGUGGACGAUAUCUCGCUGAAGGAGAAUCUGCCUGUUCUCAAUUCAAGUGCAACAGCUGAGGACGAGGAGGAAACUCUGUAGCAGCUGUCUAACAUCCUAGAGCCUGUCAUCUUCUGCAGGUGGAGCCGUGUCAACCCAUCACAGCCUCAUGUAAUUCAGAGGAGUUGAUCUAAGACCAACACAGUUUGACUGUGUACAAGAAAUGGAAAAAACCCUGCAGCAAAAUACAAAACUAUGAAUGACUUAUAAAGCAGCCACAGGGUCUGGAUACUACUACUAACCAAAAUAAGGAUUUAAAAAAUACAUAUAUUGCGUGAUGAUGUGAACCUGAGCUGCUGUUGUCUUAAGCUAAUUUAAUCCAUUCACAAUACUGCCUGCUCUUGAUGGACGAUUUAAAUCUCUUGUUUGUGAGCAUCAUUUACAGAAGUCACAGUUCCACCCAGCAGCCUGAUGGGGGGAUCCAACUGGCCCAUCCAACUGAAAAACUUUAAAAUGAUAUUGACUUUGAGAAGCGUCAGAAGAAAAAGAAACACAAUGAUUGACUAAACAGCACAACCCUUGUUUUGUCUCAGUAAAGGAAACACCACAGCUCCCACUGCUGUCUCCCAUCAGCAGGAGACCAGUCGCUGCUGAAUGUGUGUGAAACUGGGAUUGUCGCAUUUUAUUUCAGCAUUUCCGACAAAGUGUACUUUACCUUCUGUUACAUUGAUUGUAUCAAACAUGAGUACCUCCAGCUGAGGGUGAUGAUAAGUCACACACAAAAAAAAACACACAUUCAAACACAUGAACCAGAAAAUAUUUAAUAGAAACUGGAACAACCACCUCGUGAUUUUAUGCACCAACUAGUCAAGUUGAAGUUUACAUCUAUGUGUGUCCAGACUCGUGCAAUGUGUAUAUAAUAUAUAUAUAUAUAUAGUGAAGAUAAAGAUUGAAUGAAAGAUGUUUAGUCUAAUAUGUUGUAAUCAGUGCAUGAAUUCUUGAGUUAUGGCCAAAAACUGUGUGUUGUGGAGUCAAGGUGACCUUGAGCGUCACCAAUGGAUUUUUUAAUCAUGUCACAUCAGACCAAUUGAAUGUUUGUGUCAAGUGUGACGACAUUUUCUGACGUUUUUCGACUUUAAGACCGAAGUUGAAAUGCAAACACCGUUAACUUUUCAAGGGAUGUGUUGAUGUCCACUUGUGCACGGACACUUUUACACUUCCAUCGUGCAAUGUUUACCACUUCUUAGAAAAAGCCACGGAAAUUGGAGAACAUCCCAUGUGACAGUAGAGCAGCAGUAAAAUCAUCACUUUUGUAUUCUCGACAAUCAGAUUGUGCUGAAUGUGAAGGGCUCCGUCUGGCGCCAGCUGAAUGGUUUGAUGUCCGCUUUGUGGAAGCAUGUUUGUCAGCCAGUUAAAUGCAGCGCUUGUCACAAACAGGAUCUCUGUUGUCCUGCCCCAGCACAAGCUUUAAAACGUAGAAUUGAAAGGUUUCUUUGUAAUUUUAUCUGUCUGUGUCCUAAGUGCAGCUGUUUGAGUCUUUCUCUCCUUUUCUCCCUCUACUCCCAACCUCACU